UAUCUUUAGGUUUAACCGAACUAACCGAGCGAUGGGAAACUGCCAUAUGGCAAGCGAAAGGGAAGCUGUUGUUGUCUCAGGUAAAAUUGUCUAUCGAUACACUGAUCAAACAAUAUCCUUAAAAAACGCAUAUUACGAGAACCAUCACAUCUACUUUGACUAUACGCCUUUUGCAUCAUUGAUGGUACACUUGGCUUUACUGAAUUUGUUCCAUUCAAGAAACAUAAUAGUUUUAUUAAAAGAGGUGAAAUAAAAUAAUGUGGUCCGUAUGUGACAACAAAAAUUUUGUUUAAAUUUUGUUUAAAUUUUGAAUAAAAUAUUCCUAUAUUUCCUUCAAACAAAUAUCCUUUGUUUUCUUUCAGUGACAAAAGUGCAGAUCUAAUUUCUUCGUCAGACUAAGGUGGCCAAAGUGUAUGACUUUAAAUAGUCGUCUUAAAGACAGGAACAACAAUGUACAUCAGUCUCUUUCAUUCAAGAGACGUUUUAUGACUCAGUAAGGACGGCAAGACACUGACCUUUGAACGCUUCCCUGUACAAACACUUGAAUUAUUAAAUCAAUAAGAUUACAUGUAAUUUAAAUGUGCAUUUUCUCUCUAAGGUGGAUGUUGCAUUCCUCGAACUCAGCAGCACAAAGCGGUUGCGGGCAAACGGAGUUGUCUGUGGGCCUGGGCGGGGCUUAGUAAAGUUGAUAGGUAUCGUAAAUUGUUUAGUUAUGAAUGAUCACAUUGUAAAGGAAUGGGAUCAACGAAACCACCCCAUCCUGAUUAAACGGUGACGUCACUCCACUCUUCAGAUUCUUCUGCGUUUUAAUUCUACAGUCGCAUCGUCUUUACUUGUUUACCCGGGGUGCCAUGAACACCCUCAAGAUUUACUAGGUAGGCCUAAGGUCUCUGUUUUAGAACCGGAAUAAGUGCGAAGCCUAAGAUUUGUGAGCGAUUUUUUGCGUAUUUUUUUAAAUUAGCUUUGUGCUUGGUUUCGUUUUGAAAGAGAAAAUGUUUUCGCAAAUAGCUUGUCACUUUACCUCUUGGAAAAAAAAUUAAUCGACGGGUCGUUUAUGUUUAUACUUAGCAUAGCUGAAAGGUUUCUUUUGCUAAAGAAUUGUCAUUUUACUUUCUCAUCAGAAGAGAGCGGUGCACUCACCUCUCGAGCCUAGUACUACUGAGUCAGGCUUAAAGAUAGAGGAACGCGACAAGAGUUUAAGAGGGGAGGCGAAUACGACUGUUUCUUGCUGUAUCUGCCAAAUCCCCUCUAUGACAUCCAGUAUAUUUUGAGACUUAGGCAAGCCUUUUGUUAAUGAUCGAUAGUCUUGAGCUAAUGUCAUCUUUCUUUACAUUUCAAACUUUCAUAAUGACUCGGUGAGUUAAAUGUUUCUACUCCUUAGCUGCAAUUUGGAAUAGGCGAUGGCUAGCCUCCUCAAUCAACUUAAUUGUAAACAGUGCCACGCCAUAAACUCACUAAGACACAUAUUGAACCUUAAAAUGACUCUUAAUUUGUCAGGUGUUGUAACCAGUGAUUUAGCCAUAGCGAGCUUUUGAUUUAUCCCGUCCAAACGUUUCCCUAAAAGGGGACCUCGUUGACACGGCCAACGGCCACACUCGGAAAUGCAAACCUGUACUAUUCACACCUUACUCAUUAACAUGUUAACUGAGACUAAAUAAACAUUCUCAAUCUACCAAACAAAACAAUACAGUAUUGAAAUCGUAACUGAAAAAUGCCCUCUCUUUAUUCAAAGCACCUUGACUUGUGAAGUGAAUUGAUAAUACCCCACACCUGGUCUGUCCAGAGACCUCCCCGUGUUAUUAUGCCGAUCUAUUUCUUUAACAUGGUAGCUUUAAGAGUUAGAAAUGUGUCACCUAGGUUCAAUUAUGGAAAUAACGAUGACAAAAUUUUUAAUAACAGCAUAUUUCUUACAGGUUAACCCUGGAUGUACUUACGUUCAAAAAGGUUUACAGGAAUGUCAAAACGGCGCGAAGUGAUCGAGCUUCUGUCUCAAUCAUUGCCGAAGUACAAAUUAUGCAGGAUCUUCAACAUUUCGCAAGAGCAAGUGAUUAUUUCCUCGGAAAAACCACAGAUGAAAUAUCUGAUGUUGUUCUUCAUGUUUUCGAGGCACAUCUUCGUGAUAUCUGUGAACAAUUAAUUCUGAAACGCAUCGAAGAAGGUAUGGGUAGUUUUUUAACCCCAUAGUUUCUUGUAUCAUCUUCUGAUUAUGAAUCUUUAGCCAACAGUAGACCUACUUCAUGAGACGACUGGUGUAAGUGGGGGAGCUGAGGCCCAGCUAGAGGUCAAUUUCGGACAUGAUACCGAGUCCAGUAAUAAGGGAAGGCUUCCCUCUUUCCGCCACUAGAACCAAAACUACCAAAGGUGCACAAUUGGGAAAUAAGGUUUUUUCUUUUCAAAGAACCUGGUUUCUAAGCCAUCCGAUGCGUUGUUUAACGGAACGUUAUGAUAUGAUGCGAAUCAAAACGUCAGAUUUUCCAAGUUGAUAUUCAACUAAGCUUUGGACGAUCUUUAAAAAAAUCUUUGACUUGUUAAUUAAUUGUUGAUUUCUCUUCGUCCUGACUAUUUCAGAUGCAAAUCAUUUGUCAGUAAAAGUGCGGAAGGCAGCCACUCCGGACGUAUGGGAUCUGGGAGUGUUAAUUCAUGACUUUUUCAUCACGGACGUCACAAGGGAGGAUUUCUAAAAGUUACAAUAGAACACAAAGAAUAAUCAACAAUAAGAUCAAUGAAAUGCAAUGAGUUCAAAACGCGGUUGACUAUUGAGAGCUCGGAAAGUGUCUUCUUUUCCUGUGAGUUCAUAGAGCACUCUCUAAGGAACCAGCAGCUUACUCUUAGAGUAGACUCUCUGUGUAGUUCCAAGGGUGGGAGGCAUUAUCACAGGAAGGGACGUAAAUAAACAAGAGUUCCGUUACAGAGGUAAAUUUCUCAAAUUUCAACAUAGGCGUCCAAUAUAGGGCCACUCGUCUCAGGCAUGCGUUGUUUUAGAUAUUCCCACGGUAGCAGAAUGUGAUAUCAUAUCACAAGGGAGAAGCCAAAUAUUUGACAGAAUACAGUGGAAGUGUGAUUAAGUUUGGCAGACGCAUUAGAAGGCCAGUACGAAUAAGGAGCGUGUCCACGAGAGCACCGGGCAGUCGUGCUACAUGACAUCUCACCGAUUUCAAUGAAACUUUGCCAGUUUAAAAGGUCUACCCCAAAAUUAAAAAGGACGAGGUGGUUUCUGUUUUGGUUUUUUCCGGGGGGAGAUAGACCAUCCACCCGGUUUUUCUUGGUUUUUACCAAGGAAAUCGCCUCAAAAUAGGUAAAAUGUAUGAAGCUCUCACUGCGAUGGUAUUUAACCAAUUACUCUGAGGGUUUGCACACAUAUCAUUGCACCCUUACUAAAUGUCCGAUGCAAGUAUCAGUCAAUUUGAUUGACGGCUUGUCAACUAAGAGAGGCA